AGUUACCUGGUUCAGCUGUAGCUCCAGGAAUACCAAGCUACUCGUUAAACAUAGACCUUUUUGGCGCCAUAUAGGGCCUCUCACAAACCAACGUUUUGUCCAGCGCAUCCAGUCUCCACACCUCUAUCUGGUUACCAUCUAGUUAUACGCUCUACUUGAUAGCAUCUAGUUGCUUCUUCGAAAAUCUUACCACCUCUCCACCACUCGCGUUCACCCCAUCCCUGAAAUUUGUUUUCUUUUUGUCGUAAACCUUUUCCACCGCCCUUGAAAAGUCUUCUAAAUACGCACAAUGUCUCAGUUCAACUUAUGCGCUUCUUAUUCAGAUGAGAAUAAGGCAGAGUUCAUUGUGGAUGCAGUCCUCUUCGACAUGGAUGGCACGUUAAUAGAUUCUAUUCCAGCCAUCGAAUCCGCUUGGGCUGCCGUUGCCAAAAAGAUUAACCGAGAUCCCCAAGAAGUCAUUGACGAGACCCACGGCCGCCGAGUGAUGGACAAUUUGAGAGAUUUAAAACCGGAUUUGCGUCGAAUGUCAGACGUUCAAAUGGCGCCCCACGUUAAAGAAUUCGAGCUCGAAGUCCUUCGCCAAGCAGAUGAAUAUGAGCAAGAAGUCAAGAGUCGGAAAUCUAGUGCCGCUUCAAGCAGAAGAGCUAGUAGAAAAAGCUCAAUGUCAGCUAACUCCAACAAUAAGCCGCGAACCAAGUCUGGCCUCAGCCAAAGUAUUACAGGAGAAUCGGUGACAAAUCGAAUGAAGGCCUUAGGCAUUGUGCCCAUGGCUAAAAUCCAAAAAAAUGGGGCAAGUCCAUCGGAAGUCACUUCCCCAGAAGAGGAUGCCAACAAUCUGGCGAAAGAUGAAGCUGUGUUUGAAGAUGAUGACGAGGAGGACGUCGAGGUUGACGUUUCUGACUUGGUUGAUCGUUCGGUCAGAAUAUUACCGGGUGUUCGUAACUUUACGAACGCCUUACCGACUGAUCGUUGGGCAAUUGCUACUUCUGCAGCAAUCACGCACUGUCAUGGAGCUCUGGAGAGGGUGGGCAUCAACCUACCGAAGGUCACCGUUACCGCAGAUGACCCAGAACUCAAAAGGGGAAAGCCAUUUCCUGACCCCUUUCAAUUGGCUGCCACCCGAUUGGGAUUUGAUGCCAAAAAUUGCUUGGUAGUUGAAGAUUCUCCCUUUGGAAUCCAAGCAGGUGUUGCUACUGGAGGAAAGACCAUCGCGGUUGGAACUUCCCAUCCUCACGAAAAAAUUUCACAUUGUGGUUCGACCUGGUUACUUCCCACACUUGAAUUAGUUAAAGUGGAAGUCUUGCCUGAUGGAAGGAUUAAGAUCAAAGUUGACGCGACGAAAGCUGAAGUUGAAAAGGCCCAUUCCGAGGCUGUGACUACUACACAACCUCCCAAGUACACCCCUGGCAACCUUGCUUGUGCCUAGAGAGAUUGACUCAAGCAUUACCAUCAGUCUGUUUUUCACUACAUUAAAACAGGCGGCUUGAUUCUUGAGCCCGACCACAUACAAAUUACAAUCAGUAAUCUUGACUAAAAGAGAACAGUUGUCUGGCUAUCAAAUAAAUCAACGUUUUCUUAUAUCAUUGUUUGCUCCAAAAUAUAUACAGCUUUUUUUAGAAAAAUAGAAACCCAUUUGAUGUCAUUGUGUAAAUACUGUUGCAAGUCCUUUCAAUCAAUUCCAGUGCUGGUAAUUUUGCAUUUCCA